GAGACAUUAACAAGAAAUCGAGCCAUCCAGGCGUAGUUUUAUAAUUUUCUAAACUAGUGUACCCUGGAUAAUCGUGUAAUUCCCAUUUCGACAUUAUAAUAGUUUGAAUCUUUCUGCGAAAGAAAUUACCAAGAAUCCCGGUCUCGAUGGAAAGUUUGCACGGCUAAUGAAGAACAACAGCAAAGGCACACGAACAGGAGCUGUCACAUAUUGAAAAUGACAGUUUUGGAGAUACUUGCAGGAGUGCUGCUAAUUUUCCUGGUCAGACAGAAUAAGGCUGCUGAAUUCAUUUGUGACAAAGGCGCUGACCACUGUCACACCUCGCUUGUAAUAGACAAUGCUUUCACAAUGAUUGAUAAAAAAACCGGACCGCUUUUCGUAGAUGAAGGCACUCUUCGCCCAAUAUCACAGCCUGACAAAGAAGUUUCAAUUGAAAACGUUACCACUGCAGAUGGCUGGAACACAACAUUGCCAUUGCUGACGGCUAAUCAGUCUAUGCCAGGACCUUCAAUUUUUCUUUACCAAAACCAGACUAUAACCAUCAUUGUCCAGAAUAAUUUGAUAAACGAAGCCGUUUCAAUCCACUGGCAUGGAAUAGACCAAUUGGGAUGGCCAGCAAUGGAUGGAGUGGCAUUUGUUACUCAAUGUCCGAUUUUACCCGGUCAACUCUUCAACUACACGUUUCAGCCUCGUUUCAGUGGUACCUAUUGGUAUCAUUCCCAUGUAGGAAAUCAACGAGAUAUGGGUCUAUAUGGAGCGUUCAUUGUUCUAAAACGCAAGGGAGAGGUUCCAAUAAAAAAUCAGCACAUUGUCCAUUUGCAGGAAUGGAACCAUGAGUACGGCCCAAUUACUUUAUUGAAAGCCAAUUUAAAAAACACGGCAACUUCUUCCGAAUCUAUUCUAAUUAACGGAAAGGGACAAUUCGAAAAUAACAAAGCGCCGCUUGAGGUUUUCCAAUUAGACAAAAGUGAAAGCAAUUUAUUUCGAAUGAUAGGAGUUGGAUCUGCAGAUGUGUUUAUGUUCUCGAUUCCCGGAAUACCUCUUACAGUUAAAGAAACUGACGGAUAUCCAUUCGUUCCUCAGGUAGUUGACGAAAUCAUCAUUUAUCCCGCAGAGCGAUACGACUUCGAACUUGACUUGAAGAAUAUUAGAGAAGGAGUUUACAAUAUGACUGUACAUAUAUUAGAAGGGACGAAGCUUAAAAAGCUACAAAAUAUUGUUGGACUUGGUUUGUUAAACAUUACAAAUUCGCUUUCACUUCCUGUAAAUUCAUUGACUUCAACAAGCGGUAAGAAAACAGUUCUGAAUUGCCCGUUCGAGGUGUUUCCAAAUGAACCAAACAUUAAAUGCAUACCGGUUUCCUUUUUAGAAUCUCGACCCUCCUUAACACUACAGUUUGAUAUAUUGCCCCCCACUCAGGAAACAUCUACUCACUUUUUAAAUUUUGGGUUUCCUACAGAUAAGGGCUAUAGUUCCAUAAAUGGUAGGAAGUUUAUUUGGCCGACUGUAUCAGCUCUUACGCAACCCUUGGAAGUCGACACCUCUUGUGGAAAGUGUAAUGCUGAAAAUUCAUGCGAAUGUACUCAUGCACUUGAUCUAAAAUCGGGUUCCGAAAUCAUUAUGGUCCUGUCAAAUAUUGGAAACGGUUCAUUUAUUACACACCCAAUCCACAUGCAUGGUCAUACUUUUGAAGUACUCAAGAUGGGAUUUCCUACUGUCAACAAAACUGGUUUUCUUAUUCCAAACAACGAUAUACAAUGUAACCCGCAACUUCCAAAUGAACAAAGCCUAUGCAACAACGCAACCUGGAGAAAUUCUACGUGGAUGCAGUAUAGGACCAUUCCAAAUAUUAAUACUAUAAAUCCGGUUCGUAAAGACACCAUUGUUGUUCCCUACGGGGGUUAUUCCAUAAUAAGGAUCUGGGCAACAAACCCUGGAGUCUGGUUCAUGCAUUGUCACAUCGAUCGACAUAUGUUAGGUGGAAUGGCUCUGAUGCUGAACGAGUCCUUUGAGAAUAUUGUCGACUUGCCAAAGGAUAUGCCAACAUGCCAUAGCUUUCGAAACGUUCCCCUUUCUCAAUUAAAUACGGUUCUUGCUGUAAGCAGUGAUACAAACGGUGGGUCGUAUGUUAACACUGGUUUGAUUGUGACGUCAUCCAUCCUAUUUCUGGCACUCAUUAUCACUUCUAUCGUUCUGUUAAGAACCUGUAGAGAAAAUGGAGAUGCGGGGGGAAUUUCAAGAGAGGCUCGCGAAUUGAGGCCUAUGUUAUAAAUACUUUGAAUUAAGAAGACUGCAUAAAACACUCAACAACUAUGACUAAUAAUUAAGCAUACAAAGUUGAGUAAAAAGUGUGUUUUUAAAUGUGUUUAUGCUCAUAAUUCGAGGUAUAUGAUAUGAGAUAGUUUUUGCAAACAAAUAAAGUAUAUUUAAAUGGGCAUGGUCACGAUUUUGGUCAAACUUUAUUUUUCUGUUUUUAUUAUAAACAAUGCUUUAGAAAUGCAUUUCUAAUGAUCAAAUGAAAUUUGAGAGUCAUUCGUGGAGUUAUAAUCAAGAUACAGAGCUCAUAAUUCUUUGUAUUGUAAACAAGGCUCGUGCCCUGUGUUUGUUUACAUAGGUCCAAUAUAUCAGUAAAAUAUCUUUUUCAAGCUGAAUUGUCUAUCUUUUUAUUUAUCUUAAACAUAAAGAAACAGUUUCUAACGUUAAAGACAAUCAUUUUAGAUCUAAAACUGGAAUUUUCACAUCAACAUUCAAAAUGUAAAUAAAUUCUUUGUUUACAUAGCAAAGAAUUUCAAGUUCUGUAACUUGCAUAUAACUCUACGAAUGACACUCAAAUUUUGGUCGCCUAUUAAAAAUGCCUUUCUGAAGCACUGUAAAUAUUAAAAUCGGAAAAAAAUAAAUUUUGACCAAAAUCGUGACCAUGCCCUUUUAAAUUGUUCCUUUACCAUUUUUUUUAAUUGAGAGGUCAUCUUGCUUCAGCAGGGUACCCUUCUUUGUGUUGCGGAACUUAUUUUAAGGUGGAAUAUCACAUUAUCACAAAAUGGCUGACUUCUGAUCGAAACAGUAUUCUAAUUUAUUGAAAGUAUUUUAUCGAUGGCAACAUAGAACUUACCUCAUAGCCGAGUGGAUGACGUGUGGAGCUUUUGAUCUCUUCAAUCCGAGUUUGAAUCCUGUAAGGGCUUUUGUUGCUUCUCACUAAAUUUAAAUUUUUAGAUAUUCCUUUUUUAUUAUCCCCAACCUGCAAAUUUUUCGCUUUUUUGAAUAUGUGCAGUUUAUUUAUUAUUAAAUCUUUCAUUUACUGUACAUUUGGGUGAUUUUUUCCAGGUGUGUUAUUCCACCAUAAUCUAGGAAUAAAAACAGGUGCCUCGGACUUUCUUGUACUGUUCUUCGAAGGUUGUUACUAUCUUAACUUCAUUUUCUUGUGGUUUCCUAAGAUUGAACGAGAUCAUUCAUUCCAUCGCUGUAGAUAUGUGGUUUCUAGGACUAAGUUGGCCCUUUGCUGGUGAUAUCUAUUGUUUAGGAGUACUUAAAACAUAAAAAAGUAUUCAAAACAUGAAUAUUCAUUGACUGACAACAAUGAAUAUUAGAGAGGGGUGAUGUUUGGGGUACAUGUAUAUGGUUUUAGGUUAUUUCUUGGAGGCAUAUCUCAGCAGUAACCAAGUGACCUGAGAAGUUCUUGCACCACAAUUCUAAUUCCUGACCCACUUUCCCCACCUGUUCACCUCAUUUUUUAACCAUAUUCUCUCACUCCCUCACCACCACACUCCCUAACCCCAUUCUCCCUAAUCUUGAAAUCCACCUUUUUAUCCUUCUCACCACUUGCAUCCCGCUCUCUUAACUCCCUUCGCUUCACUCUCUCACCUCUAUCUCCGUACCCUUUUCCAAAUCUCCUUAUCUCUACUUUCUCACCUAUUGUCUUUCCCUCUCUCUCUCGCAUUCCUCUCAAAUCUCUCUCUCUCUCUCUCUCAGUCAAGAAAAUAUUUAUUUUCAUCGAAGUGAAACAAGGGAAAAAAUAAGUGUAUGUUACAUAGCAAAUAGCGGGUUUUUCUAGCAACAGUAAAUGAAGAAAAGGGUAAAAAAAGUAUAUUAAACUUUCGGAAUUAUAGAAUUGUGCAUUUAUGAAGCAACUAUAUAAGGCACAGGCACCUUUAUUUUUCUCAUAAUAGAAUUAUAUAUCAGUAGCCUCUAUAAUAAUAAGAUCACAAAAAAGAAAGUAAAGAUUUAUCUUUCCAAAAGAAGUGUGAGCAACAGUAACGCUUUGUUAACAUUGCAUCCAUUUAUCCAUUUGGGCAUUUAAAUGUCUUGCUUAUAAUUAAGGUGACCUAUUAAAACAUUAAAUACAUCAUUAAAAUUUUUUAGGAUGUAAAUAUUAUUUUAUUUUAAAUGGUGCGUUAGCAAUUUUGUCUAGUGUAUAAAUAUACGGCAUAAAAAUAGUACUAUAUGAACAAGUUGCGUUAAAGGGGAUUAACCCUUUACAUCAAUUCAUUAUGUAUUCAUGCUUCUUUAAAUAGGUGUACAAUGAUAUUUAUCAUUUUCAUCUAUAAUGUCUUCAGAGACAUCACUAUAUUAUUUUAAAUAAUAAAAUAUGGUUAAACAUACCAUUCUGGGAAUGGGAUUGCGCUGUUGUACAUACAUGUACAGUAUACUCUAUGGUAUAUAUACUAUCUGGUAUGGCAUAUAUGUCAACUACAAAUUAUUGUAAAGUUUACAAUAAUAAAAUUGUACUUAUGUUCACAAUAUACAUGUAAAGGGAUAAAAAAGUGAAUAUAAUUAUGUUAUUUAUCAACAUAAAAGUUGAUAUUUUCACAAAAUCAUUCAUUCUAACUGUGCAUGAGCUAUUUUUUUCAAUUUUGCAAAAGUAUAAAAAUCGCUGUUAAUUGCAUGUUGAACUAUAAUUGAUUAAAAUUAUUAGAACCAGAAAUAUUAAAUUACCAAGAGGUAGCGUUUGUCAUGAUUCAACAGCCAGCUUUUAAAUUGUAUGAACCUCCACUAUCUUUAAUGUGACAAAGAAAUUGACAAACUAAUUCCAAGAAUUUGGAGGGAAAUCUCUUUUAACCAAUAAAAUCAAAGAACACAGAACUAAAAACUAAUUGAAUAUUUA